CCGCACCCAUCGCCCACUUCCCCUCCCUCGCCCUCACCCUCGCCCGCGCAACACCACGAGCUUCAGAUCUCAAGUCGCCCCCGCCGCCGCCGCCGCAUCGUUCGCGAGGAGAGCAGAGGAAAUGGCGGCGAGCAGCAGCUACGAGGGCGUGCUCCUGGGGAUGGGAAACCCCCUCCUCGACAUCUCCGCCGUCGUCGACGACGCCUUCCUCGCAAAGUAUGACAUCAAGCUGAACGAUGCCAUUCUCGCAGAGGAGAAACACUUGCCUAUGUAUGAUGAGUUGGCCAGCAAGAGCAAUGUUGAAUAUAUUGCUGGAGGAGCCACCCAGAACUCUAUCAGAGUUGCCCAAUGGAUGCUUCGAAUUCCUGGCGCAACAAGUUACAUGGGAUGCAUCGGAAAGGACAAGUUCGGUGAGGAGAUGAAGAAGAAUGCACAAGCUGCAGGAGUUACUGCUCAUUACUACGAGGAUGAGGCUGCACCUACCGGCACAUGUGCUGUUUGUGUUGUUGGUGGCGAAAGGUCAUUGAUUGCAAAUUUGUCGGCGGCCAACUGCUACAAAUCUGAGCAUCUCAAGAGGCCAGAGAACUGGGCACUAGUUGAGAAAGCAAAAUACAUCUACAUUGCUGGCUUUUUCCUUACGGUGUCCCCUGAUUCUAUUCAGCUAGUUGCUGAGCAUGCUGCUGCUAAUAACAAGGUGUUCCUAAUGAACCUCUCAGCUCCCUUUAUCUGCGAGUUUUUCCGUGAUGCCCAAGAGAAGGUUCUCCCGUAUGUUGACUACAUCUUCGGUAAUGAAACUGAGGCAAAGAUCUUCGCUAAAGUCCGUGGUUGGGAGACUGAGAAUAUUGAGGAGAUUGCUUUGAAGAUCUCCCAACUGCCUCUGGCUUCCGGAAAACAAAAGAGAAUUGCUGUGAUUACUCAAGGUGCUGAUCCAGUGGUUGUUGCUGAGGAUGGAAAGGUGAAAACAUUCCCCGUGAUCCUGUUGCCCAAGGAGAAGCUCGUUGACACCAACGGCGCAGGUGAUGCUUUUGUUGGAGGCUUCCUCUCUCAGUUGGUUCAAGAGAAGAGCAUUGAGGACUGCGUGAGGGCUGGUUGCUACGCCGCAAACGUUAUCAUCCAGCGCCCUGGCUGCACUUACCCUGAGAAGCCUGACUUCAACUAGAACAAAUGCAACAAACAUUAUGGGAGGGGCUGUUAUAGGCACACUUAUUCUUGACCGCUUAGUGGUUCGGUGUGUAAUGUUCUCCCUGCAUUCUUCCGAGGCUUUUUCUUCUGAUCCGGCCAAUACUUUUGCCGUGAUGUAUGUCCUGAGAACUAUAAAUUUCGCUUUUGGCUUCGAAUAAUGUAGGAUUGCCAGUAUGCUGUGUUGCUUC